AUUCAGAGCAUGACAACUUCGAAGACCGCCACAACACGCUAUCGAUCCCGCACUCCGGGUCCGGGUGAGGAAUCUCGUCGUGGUACGGGUGUGGGAACGGGGGCGGGAUUGGGCAGCAGUUCAGACUGCAUCUACAGUCUGGGCGAGUCAGUGAAUGGGUUGGAGCUUUACCGCUGUCCCUCGCCUCCACUUAACUUAGCCACACCAGGUGCUAACGUCAGCUUUGGGAGUGGUUGUGGCGGUGCUAGCACUGGUCUUUGGACAGCCGGACUGAAGCGUUAUGGAGGGACUGAUUUUGACGCCUAUUGCCUACAGCAGGGUCUCUCGCGAAGUAAUCCCUUCGGAAGCGGACAAUUGCUGCAUCUAAACUCCGACUACGAAUCACUUCCCCGACGCACAGCAAUCGCAUCUCACACCUACGGCGAAUUUUUCGUGAAUUUGAGACGCGAGGCUAACGGUUUUGGUUUUAAACUUCUUGGUGGUUCAGAGGAGGGUACCCAGCAGGUUGGCUACGAGUUUGUGGAAGAAAUCGGUAUGGUGUAG